GUUAUUACUCAUUAACUAUAGAACAAUUUUAACUUUUAAAUGAUUCAUAUAAUAUUUUUACUAUACAAAUAUUAGUUGUUGAACGUCUCUGUAAAUUGAAUUAAAUAAUUUUAUUAUACUUUUUUUAUGUAUACAAAAUACAAUAAUGGUUUUAACAGUUUCAUUAGUGCACAUAUUCCAGCAGCCAUUUCAAACAAUUAAAACAUUCUACAGUCAAAUCAGACAAAAAGACGAUGUUGUUAAAAUUUCAGAAUUAAUUGAUGCGCACAUCGAUGAACAUGGAUUUGAAUAUACUAAACAUAGGCUGGUAUGUCAUAAUAUUAUUCCUCAAGUAUUAAGGCGCGAUCAAAUACUACAUAUUCCAGAAAUAAUUAUUGAAGAAGAAUGUUGGUAUGACGAAAAAGGUCAAAAGUUUUGGGCAAGAACAAGAAAUUUGAGUUGGUCAGAAAUAGCCACAUUAUCAAAUAUUAUAACAUUAUCGAUCACACCAAACCCAACAUGGACUAAGUAUGAAAUUGAUGGAAUAACGGAUUUUUUUGGAACACGACCUCACGAAGUUGGCUAUGCAGUAGAGUAUUUUUUGAAAAAAUAUACAGAAAAAAAGUUAUUGGAACAUAUUAAAAUAAUUGACCAGGAAUGUUUGAAAAAUAAUGAUAUGUAGACAAUAUAAGGUUUAACGUACCUA